UCCUUUGCGGUUCAUAUUAGAUGAAUUGUCAGACCGCGCUGAUCGGUUUGUAUUUUGUGAUUGGUAUAUUCCUCGCUCUGUGGGAGACAGACCCGUUCAGACACUGAGGGAGAGCAGAGAGGAGGUGAGAGAGUCUGCAUGGAGCUCUACAAUGUGUUUAUAAACUACAGAGCGCUGUUAUAUUGUAUUAUUUUGAAAGGUCCGGGUUGUAGUGUGGUAGGAGCGCGUUGUUUUAUCCGUUCAGACACUGAGGGAGAGCAGAGAGGAGAUCUGAAGAGCAGAAAGGACACAUUCACUGAGGAGACGGUCAGAGCGAGUGACUAGAGCACUAGAGCCGUGCUGCACAUCCCACUGACAAUACCUGAAGACUGCCCUAUCUUGGUGAAAGCCAAGAAACAAAUAUGGAGUCUGUUUACAUUAAACAGGAGGUGGUUCAGGAAUUGGUACCUAUCUGCAGUAAACAGGAGAUGCCUGAACUGGAGCCUGUCCACAUUAAAGAAGAGACUGAACUAGAGCCUGUCCACAUUAAACAGGAGAUGCCUGAACUGGAGCCUGUCCACAUUAAAGAAGAGACUGAACUAGAGCCUGUCCACAUUAAAGAGGAAGAGACUGAACUGGAGCCUGUCCACAUUAAAGAGGAAGAGACUGAACUGGAGCCUGUCCACAUUAAAGAGGAAGAGACUGAACUGGAGCCUCUCUACAUUGAAGAGGAGCCUAUUGACUUCUUGUUUAAGGGUUCAGAAAACAUAUCCCGGCCAAAGAUAUCACAUCAAUGUAGUGGAUAUGGGAAGAGCUUCAGUCAGUCAGGAACCCUAAAAACACACCAGCGAAUUCACACUGGAGAGAAGCCAUAUCACUGUUUUGAAUGUGGGGUGAGCUUCACUGUGUCAGGAAGCCUAAAAACACACCAGCGAAUUCACACUGGAGAGAAGCCGAAUCACUGUACUGAAUGUGGGAAGAGCUUCGUUCAGUUAGGUGACCUAAAAAGACACCAGCGAAUUCACACUGGAGAGAAGCCAUAUCACUGUACUGAAUGUGGGGAGAGCUUCAGACAGAUUGGAAGCCUAAAAAGACACCAGCGAAUUCACACUGGAGAAAAGCCUCGUCACUGCACUGAAUGUGGAAAGAGCUUCAGUGAAUUGGGACACCUAAAAUCACACCAGCGAAUUCAUACUGGAGAGAAGCCAUAUCACUGUAAUGAAUGUGGGCAGAGCUUCAAUCAGUUAGGAGUCCUAAAAAGACACCAGCGAAUUCACACUGGAGAGAAGCCAUAUUACUGUACUGCAUGCGGGAAGAGCUUCCGUCAGUCAGGAGACCUAAAAGCACAUCAGCGAAUUCACUCUGGAGAGAAGCUGUAUCCCUGUACUGAAUGUGGGGAACGCUUUAGUAGGUUUAGAGACCUUAAAAGACACCAGCAAAUUUACACUGGAGAGAAGCCGUAUCACAGUACUGAAUGUGUGAAUGAAGGGGGUCCCCAGAGUGAGAGCCAGUCCUGAAGGAGACAGACCCAUUCUUUCAGAAUGAACUGGAGAGCCCUGGGAUUCAGCUCCACUCCUGCCCCUGAAUUGGAAAUGAAUCUCACUCAUCAUGCUGUGAGGAUUUAGGACAGAGUUACAGGGUCAUUCUACUUAGAAGGGACACGUUGGAAAUA